CUGAGUGGUUUGGUGCGAACGAAACAGUUCUGUGUGGUUUUGCGAAAAAAUACAUACCUGCAAGAAAAUUUCUUUUGUGCAUAGAGUGUGUAAAUAGAUUGUUGAAAUAUACAUAUUGCAAAGUUGCGGCGAGUACUUGUACAAGCGAAAUGCAGUUACUUUGUGGUUUAGCCACAAUUUUUGUGCUACUUGCUGUGUUGCGAGAACAGCAAGUCCAAGCGGCAUGUGGCUAUGCGAACUGUCCCGCGGGCAAAGCGAACAUGAUCAAUGUGCAUUUGGUACCUCACUCUCACGACGAUGUGGGCUGGCUAAAGACUGUCGAUCAGUAUUACUAUGGUGCGCGCAAUGACAUUCAACAUGCCGGUGUACAGUACAUACUGGAUAAUGUGAUUAGGGAACUGCUAAGGGACGCUAAACGCCGUUUCAUUUUCGUCGAGUCGGCAUUCUUCUUCAAAUGGUACAACGAACAGACGGCUGAGGUAAAAUCACAAGUGAAGACUUUAGUCAAGGGCGGACGCUUAGAAUUUGCUGGCGGCGCUUGGUCUAUGAACGACGAAGCGGCUGUACAUUAUCAAUCGGUGAUUGAUCAGUUUACAAUUGGUUUAAAAGCGCUCCAGCAAACUUUUGGCGCCUGCGGCCGUCCUCACGUAGGCUGGCAAAUCGAUCCUUUCGGACAUUCGCGUGAAAUGGCUUCGCUCUUUGCGCAAAUGGGCUUCGAUGGACAAUUUUUUGCCCGCAUGGAUUGGAUUGAGAAGACGGAGCGACUUACAAAUUUAACAGCAGAGGUGAUAUGGAAAGCAAGCGAAGUUUUGGGCCAGAGCGCGGAACUCUUUACAGGUUUGUUAUAUCGGCAUUAUUCUGCGCCGCCUGGUUUCUGUUUCGAUGCACUGUGCUCUGAUGCACCGAUCAUUGAUGGCGUGAGUUACGAUAAUAAUGUGAAAGAGCGGGUUGACACUUUUAUUAAGUACAUUCAAGAAGUCACAACUCACUAUCGUUCCACACAUGUGCUCAUACCCAUGGGCGAUGACUUUAACUACCAGAUUGCUGCAAUGAAUUUCAAGAACAUGGAUAAGUUGAUCAAGUAUGUCAACGAACGUCAACCGCUUGGCUCCAAAGUGAAUUUGUUUUACUCGACGCCGGCUUGUUACCUCAAAGCCAUACACCAGGCGCCACUCGCCUGGCCCAGCAAGACACAAGACUUCUUCCCUUACUCCACUGAUUGGCACACUUACUGGACGGGCUACUAUAGCUCUCGCCCCACGCAAAAGCGUUUCGAACGCGAUGGCAAUCACUUCCUGCAGGUCACCAAGCAGCUCACCACUUUUGCGAAUCUUACCGGCAACGAUGUGAAUAGCAAUUUGGACGCCCUUCGGCAUGCCAUGGGUGUUAUGCAGCAUCAUGAUGCCAUCACUGGCACCGAAAAACAACACGUCGCCGCAGAUUAUGAUCGGCUAUUGGCUGCCGCCAUUGAGUCUGCGCAAGCGAAUGCGCGUGCUGCUCUACAGAAAUUAACUAAUCUCACAAAUGGCGAGUUUGUCAGCUGUCUACAGUUGAAUAUUAGCGUCUGUGAAUUCACCAAAAAUGGCGCGGAUCAAUUGGCUGUUACAUUAUUUAAUCCACUGGGACGUCCGUCCUACGAAUAUGUGCGUGUACCAGUGAAUAAUGAGGCUUAUAUUGUGACCGAUGAGACGGGUCGCCUUCUCCCUUCCGAUUUGCUGCCUGUGCCUGCGGAGGUGCAGCGCUUGAGUUUUCGUCCAAAGAUUGCGUCACACGAGCUUGUCUUCUUGGCAUAUGUGGAAAAGUUGCGUAGCUACUACAUUAAAAAGAGAGCUAAUCCACGCAGUGUGGAGGAGCUUAAAGUCGAAACUCACGAAAUGCACAAAAAAAGUGCAGAGGAAAAUGAAUUAAAAUCCAUUGCCAUCGGCUCUGAGUCCAGAGGCGAGAUCAUUGUGAAGAAUUCGCAUGUUAAAUUGACCCUCGAUUCCAGCGGCCAUCUCACCAAAGUUGAGAUGAACGGCGUUAGCGAAAAUAUCCGUCAGGAGUUUUACUAUUACAAUGCCGCAGCUGGCAACAACGCCGAAUUCAAAAACCGCUCUUCAGGCGCCUACAUCUUUCGACCCAACGGCACUGAGUUGCUCAUUGGCAGACAGGUCACCUUUAGCAUUUACGAAGGCACGCAAGUGAAGGAGGUACAUCAACGCUUCAGUGAUUGGGUCUCACAGGUGAUUCGUAUAUAUGAAGGCGUCAAUCGUGUUGAGUUUGAAUGGCUUGUAGGCCCCAUACCCAUCAACGACAACAUCGGCAAAGAGGUGAUUACACGCUUCACCAGCAACAUCAAGUCCGCUGGGGUCUUCUAUACCGACUCGAAUGGUCGCGAAAUGCUGAAGCGUAAACGUAAUCAGCGUGAAUACUUUAAACCCAAUAUGACAGAGGCAGUUUCGGGUAAUUAUUAUCCCAUCACUGCGCGCAUAGCCAUCGAGGGCGAAUCGAACCGCAUUGCCUUACUCAAUGAUCGUGCGCAGGGCGGCAGCAGCUUGAAGGAUGGCGCGCUUGAGCUCAUGUUGCAUCGGCGCCUGUUGCGCGAUGAUGCCUUCGGUGUUGGCGAGGCGUUGAAUGAAACCGCUUAUGGUGAGGGUGUAGUGGCACGCGGAAAGGUGUAUUUGAUUUUGAGUAAUGCGGAGGGUACACCAUCGCGUUACGAACGCCUCGAACAGCUGCAAAUUCACUUGCCCUUCUGGAAGUUUUUCAGCAACGCAACCAAGGCCACAAACAAAAAAGUACGACAAAUAUCUUCAUUCAAUUUGCCGCAAACUGUGCAUUUAUUAACUUUGGAACCGUUUAAUGCAAACGAGCGUCUAGUGCGCUUGGAGAAUUUCAUGGGCAAGUAUGAUGCGAAUCCGGUGACUUUCAACUUGCGGCCGCUCUUCGAUCAAUUGAGUGGUGAAGAGAUACGUGAAACCACAUUGGAUGGUAAUUUAAAUUUGAGUGAGAUGAUUCGCUUCAAAUUCCAGCCCGAAAGCUCAAACGUAACUAAACCUGAAUAUUAUAAGACUUUGCACAGUCCACUCUUAGCGAAGAAGAAGGACUCGGUGAGCAAGUUCAGCAUAGUCUUGCAUCAAAUGCAAAUACGUACAUUUGUUAUUAAGUGGAGAUAACUGUGAAGGAUUAUUAUUGAAAAGUAUAAUUUUCUGUAUAAAAAUA